AUGUCAGGCCUCCAAACUAACGACGCCGCGGCACCAAUGCCUUCGAUGGGCGACUUUGCUUCCGUCGAUAGCGCGUCCGACGCGGCGGCGCCUCCCAUCUUCGACUUCAGCUUCCUCGAUUCGUUGGGCGCCUCGCAUCUCCCACAGCCGGGUGGAACGGCAGGGGGGCCGACCGCCGAGGUGACCUUAGACGCGUGCGCGUUUUCCUCAGGGUUCGACCUCUCGGAUUGCAUGCGACUCCUUGAGGGGGCUGGGGAGUACCCCGCCGUGACGGCGGAAGGGGGCGAUGCGCCUGAUUCCCUCGUUUUUUCCCUGUCCGACGCCGCGUUCGGGGAGGGCUGUGGGGGGCUUUUUGGCGGUGGCGUCAGCCCCGCUGCGAAGUCGACCUCCCCUGCCCGUGGAAAUCCACCGGCUUCCUCAGACGGAGGAGAGCGGUCGUACGCGGAGGGGGAUCGGUUGGGGUUUCAUCCCCCUCCUCCUCAGCCGGCGGCGGCGGAGGGCGCCGUGGUCGAGACUUUUCCCGCGGCGAAAAGCCUUAACUUUCGUGUGGGAGGGGCGGGUGAGGGUGGUGGAGCUCCCCCACCGCCACCUCCUUCGUUUCCCGCCGCGCCCGACGUGGAGGAGCCGACCGGGAUGCCGCCACCCCCGCCGCGGGGGGUUUCCGCACCCCGCAGCGCUGCUUCUUCUUCUACCGCUUCCUCUGUUGUGGCCUCUUCCGCGAUUCCCGCUGCUGCGGCUGCUGCGACGGCGGGAGAUUCCACGGACGCGGUGGAUCGCCUUCUCGUCCGAGCGGAGGAGCUGCUGCGGGGUGGUGACGAUCCCACCGGGGCGGGCGAGGACGCCCCGCGCGCGUUGAUGCCCGACGCGGUUUUCGCCGCGAAGGUGCAGCACCUUCAGCAACGCUGGGAGGCGCUCCGUGAGGAGGCGGUGCAGGAGGUGAGUGGCCUGCAGUCGGACGUUACGCAGUUGCUGCGGGCGAUGGGGCCGAGUGAGGAGGUCGCCGAGGUGUUAGGUAAGGAGUACAUCCAUACACCGGUGAUCCAUCUGCUGCCGUUAAUCACCUCCCUCCUGGACGAACUACUGAAGGAUGAGUAA